AUGAGCACGGCCGGCCUGAGGGCGGCUUCCCCUGCGUGGCGACAGGCCCAGCCUGUGUCUGGAGCCAUGGCACUGCGAGGGGGAUUGCCGAAAUGGAGGAGGCGUUCAACACACAUUCCCGGUUCUGAUUUCACAAAGUUUUCUUGUUUCAACUCUCCCCUGUGCCACCACGGGGCUAGUACACCCGGUUUUCACCCCGAGCGUCCUUUCCAUUUCGUUCGUCCGUCCUUUCCUGCUGUACCCGUGUCACCUCGUCCCGCCUCUGUUUCAUCGUUUUCGUACUCGACUGCACACUCUCCGACAUCGGCCGGAUCUGGUGUCUCUACACCUUCGCCAUCUGCGGCUGCUCCUGUAUCCGCUCCUCCUGCCGCGCUCCGUUUUUCUCUUCGCUGGCUUUGGCGCCUUGUCCCCCUUGCCUUCCCGAUUGUCGGUUACGGGUAUUACUGGGAGCAACGUAGACGGCGUAUGUACACUGAAGUUCUUCCUGCGCUCCAGUCGCGAUUUCAAGGUGACACGCCGUUUUACGGCAAGCUUUGGGGCAGCACAACAGACUACUUCUUGGAAACGAGCUUCGCAGAUGGCGACUUGGUUUUCUUUGCGCGCGAUCCUCACAGUUUGUCUUUUUCUCGCGCUGUGGCGCGUGCCGUGUCGAGGUUUCUCCUCCUCAUCCUUCCCGCAGGCGGGUCCAGCGAGCGGACGCAACGAAUUGGGACAGGAGGAGGAAUGUUUGUCGAUGACAUCGGCGUCGUGUAUGUGGAAAAUGGUCAGCGAUACGUAGUCAGUUUGUCGACAGAAACGAAGGGAUUAGAGAAGACAAAAUAUGCUAAAAAAAUUGCAGAGAGCUUCCCAGAGACCAUUUUAGUUAGGCGCCUGAGGUGUUCCCCUGAUGUUAGAGAAAAACUCCACCACGCCCUAAAGGAAGCGCUUCGACAAUCAGACGGAGGGCCAUCCGGUGAAAAAGAGGUCCCCGAUUCCGUAUCUACGUCGCCAUCCCGUUUGCCGGCACGGCCUUUGAAUUUCCGCACCUCCCGGGUAUCAGUUUGGAGUUCCUUUUGGACUGAAAUGAAACGACGACGCGCAGCCAGUGGGGACGCGUUUCGUUUGCUGACGGCGCAGGCCUUCUGGACAGCCAAACGACGGACUGCGGUCUUGCUGGAGAGGCGCCUCGAAGAUUUGAUCCUCGAUGUCGAAAGCGUGGUUCCCGCAAAUGUGAUGGACCAAGCCAGGCAAAAGACACUCACAUUGCUUUCAGAGCAAGAGGGGAAUGAGAAGGAAGGGGGCCAGACGUCGGAAAGAUCGGCGAGCGGGACUUCAGAUAGAGCGGACGCUGCAAAUGAUGGUGCGUCGGGACCGGGAAGCCGAGAAGCGAACCAGAAAGAACGGGAAAAAACAGCUGGCGAAACCCCUGGGAAGCCAAGGGGAGCGGUGGACGUUGUCGCAGAUCUCCUGGCUUUAAGUGCUUUUGCCCAGCAAGCUGUGAAGAGAAUAGACAAUGUUUUUCAAGACACCGAUUCGCCCCGACCGCCCGCACCCGCUCCGAGGAAUGGCCGCUCGCGACUGCCGAUCGCUGCAUUCCCUGUUGCCAUUUACCAAGCUGCACAGCUGUUGCCGCCGACACCUGCUUGCCGAGCGUGGACACCUGAGGACCUCUUGGUGAUAGACACACUCUUUCAGCCGCGCGACUUACCUCCAGCGCACGUCGCCGCGAAGGAGAACAAGAACCGUGGGGCGAUUGACAGCGGAGGCAAAGAAGCAACAGACGUGAAGCCCCGCCGGGCUGAUUUAGCGCGGAAGGCAGCAGUAGAAUUGGCGUCUCUGUCGCCGCAGCUUGCACCGAUUUUGUAUGUGAGAGAGGAAAAGGGUGAGAGGGACUGCGUGGCCAGGAAAAACAUGCCUGGUUUGAUGAGCCAGAGAGAGCGAAGCGGCCGUAACGCAGCCGCCAGCGGAGCCUCGGAGUCAGGGACAAAGGCGUAG